CUUUCAAAUUGUGUUUCAGUCACAGUGUAAACAGAGGUGAAAAGAGACUGAAAGUUCGGGGAUAGUGUAAUACAUCAAUCGAAUCGUAAGCAGGAGAGCAUGGGGACUAAAGAAGGCCCGGGGCCGACGAGCUCAGGAUAUGAGCGUUUAACCGCUGAUGAGAUGGAUGAACAGCGGAGACAAAAUAUUGCUUAUCAGUAUUUGUGUCACUUGGAGGAAGCUAAGCGCUGGAUGGAGUCCUGUUUAAACGAGGAACUCCCGCCCCCUACUGAGUUAGAAGAGAGUCUACGUAAUGGUGUCACCCUUGCCAAACUAGGAAACUUUUUCUCUCCAGAUAUUGUACCCCUGAAAAAAAUCUAUGACUAUGAUCAAAUGCGCUACAAGGCAUCGGGCCUUCAUUUCAGACAUACUGACAAUAUCAACUAUUGGCGUCAGGCCAUGUGCCUCAUUGGGCUCCCUACGUUGUUCCAGCCAGAGACGACUGAUAUAUAUGACAAGAAAAAUAUGCCUCGGGUUGUUUAUUGUAUUCAUGCUCUGAGUUUGUAUUUGUUCAAGCUUGGUUUGGCUCCUCAAAUCCAGGAUUUAUAUGGAAAAGUGAAUUUUACUGAGGAGGAGAUCAACAACAUGAAAUGCGAACUGGAUAAGUAUGGAUUGCAGAUGCCAGCAUUCAGCAAGAUUGGGGGCAUUCUGGCCAAUGAGCUUUCAGUAGAUGAAGCAGCAGUGCAUGCGGCAGUCAUUGCUAUCAACGAAGCAGUGGAGAGAGGAGUUGUGAGGGACACAAUGGCCGCCCUGCGGAACCCUAAUGCUAUGCUGGUGAACCUGAAGGAGAACCUUGCAGCUGUGUACCAGGAGCUGUUAUUCCAAGCAAAAUCCACAAAAGUCGCAAAUACUCAAAAUAAGGGCUUCAAGAAUAAUACAGACUCUCAAGACAUUUAUGACUCCUGCCUAACCCAAGCAGAAAUACAGGGGAACAUCAAUAAAGUAAAUGUACACGCCUCUUUGGAAUAUGUGGAUGAUGCUCUUGAGAAGAAGGAUUCGCAGGCUCUGUACUCUGCUCUUCAGGAUUCAGCCAUCAAGCUGCGCAGACUGCAUCGAGAGAAUGCUGAUUGGUACCUAGAGCAGCUAACCAUAGACAGAGAGCAGAAGGCCCUGGAGCUAGGAUACAUGGAUCUGCUGGAGAAGGAAGAAAUUCAAGCAGGGAUAGAUGCAGCCAAUGAAAAUGCAAGUAGAGAGCAUGCAAUGGAACAGGCAGUCUCGCGCAUCAAUGCUGCUGUUCGAAAGGGAGAUCUGAUGCAAACAAUUAGAGAACUUUCUAAUCCAGAUGCACAGCUGCCAGAAGUUUAUCCAUUUGCAGCUGAAUUGUACCAGCAGGAGCUAGCUGUCCUGCAAGGGCAGAAUCCUCAGGGGUCCCUGGUUCAAGAGGAGCUGUUUGUGGCUGUGGAGAUGCUCUCUGCAGUGGCCCUAAUAAAUAGGGCCAUAGAAGCUGGUGAUCUCAAUGGUUUCUGGGCCAGCCUGAUUAGCUCUGCCCUGGGCUUGUCAGAUGUUGAAGAGGAGAACAUACCCAGAUAUUUUCAGAAAUUAUCCAAACUGAAGAAACAGCUGAAGGGGUCUACAUUUUUGAACUGGAAUAAUUUGCAGACUUGUGUCAAUAAUGCCAACCUUUCUGUGCAAGAUGAGCAUGACAAAAUUCUAGCAAUCAGCCUCAUUAAUGAAGCAUUGGGACAAGAUGAUCCUCAGAAAACAUUCACUGCUUUGCUGAUGCCUGCAGCUGAACUGGCAGAUGUCGCGUUACCUGUUGCUUGUCUGUAUCACAGAGUGUUGACCAGGACCUUACGACAUAAAAAACAGGUGACUAAAGAUGAAUCUGCAGUGCUCUGGUUAGAGGAAAUCCAACAAGGAGUUGCUCACGCCAAUGAAGAGAAUGCAAGAGCAAGAAAAAUGGCUCUUGGAGUUGCAGCAAUCAAUCAAGCCAUAAAGGAAGGAAAACCUUCUCAGACCCUACGAGUCCUCCGUAAUCCUGAUGCAUCUCUAUGUGGAGUCAUGGCAGAGUGUGCAGAGGCAUAUCAACUGGAGCUGGGAGGGAUUAUGAAUGGAAAGAAGAAAAAGGGUGAUGUGACAAAUUAUUGGGUAAAACACAAGAUGAAGGAUCAGGGAGAUUAUUACUUCCAUCUACGAACGUUUGAUGGCACAUGGGACCGACCUACAGGGUUCAGUUCCAACACAACUCAUCUUUCAAGAGAGGAGAUCCAGACUGCAAUAACCCAAGUUACCAGUAAUUUCAAGCGACGGAUACAGUGGGGAGCCAAUUUGGACAUGGUAGUGAAACUUCAGGCUCGCAUGAGAGGCUAUCUCGUCCGCAAGGCCUAUUGUGGUAGAAUCCACCUGCUGCACAAACAAGUGCCAGCUGUCACACUUAUUCAGGCUCACUGGCGUGGCUACAGACAGAGGAGGGCCUACCUAGAGCGCUUAAAUUACUUGUACUGCAAUGUAAACUCGGUUGUGAAGAUCCAGUCUUUUGUAAGAAUGUGGCUUGCUCGAAGGAGAUAUUUAGACCGGCUCAGGUUAUUCAGAAGAAAUGUUGCUAGCGUGGUUAAAAUCCAGGCUUUCUUCAGGGCAAGCAAAGCCAGAGGAGACUACAGAAUGUUGGUCCAUGCCAGAAACCCACCUCUGAGCACCUUGCGCAAGUUUGCUCACCUACUGGAGCAGAGUGAGAGGGACUUCUGGGAAGAGCGAGAAGUCAUGAAGCUACGGGAAGAGGUGGUGAAGAAGAUCCGAUCUAACCAAAGGUUAGAGAAAGAUCUCAAUGUGAUGGAUAUCAAGAUUGGACUCCUGGUGAAGAAUAGGAUUACCCUGCAGGAAGUGGUGUCACACUGUAAGAAACUUACUAAGAAGAAUAAGGAGCAGUUAUCAGACCUCAUGGCAAUUGAUAAGCAAAAAGGGUUAAAGUCACUGAGCAAGGAGAAACGCCAGAAGCUAGAAGCGUAUCAGCAUCUCUUUUAUCUGUUACAGACUCAGCCCGACUACAUGGCCAAGCUAAUAUUUCAGAUGCCUCAGAACAAGUCCACCAAAUUUAUGGAGUCGGUUACCUUCACUUUGUAUAACUACGCUUCCAAUCGCAGAGAAGCCUACUUACUGCUGAAAUUAUUCCGUACUGCUCUACAGGAGGAAAUAAACUCUAAAGUUGACCGGGUACAAGAUAUUAUAACAGGAAAUCCAACAGUCAUUCGUCUGUUGGUGAGCUUCUAUCGCAGUGCACGUGGUCAGAAUGCAUUGCGGCAGAUUCUGGGCAAUGUUGUGAAAGAAGUGAUACAGGACAAAUCUCUUAAUAUUCGUAUCAACCCAGUAGAAAUCUACAAAAGCUGGGUCAACCAAAUGGAGUCACAGACUGGCAAGAAAAGCCAGCUUCCCUAUGACGUAACGCCAGAACAAGCCCUCACUCAUCCAGAAGUUCAAAGACGUUUAGACAUUUCUGUGCGUAAUCUCAUUGCUGUUACAGACAGAUUCUUCUCUACUAUUGUUGCCAAUGUGGACCAAAUACCCUAUGGAAUGCGUUAUGUUGCUAAAGUGCUAAAGAAUUCUUUAAUGGAAAAAUUUCCAAAAGCCAAAGAGGAAGAAAUCCACAAGAUUGUAGGAAACCUUUUGUAUUAUCGCUUCAUGAACCCAGCAGUGGUAGCACCAGAUGCCUUUGACAUUGUAGACAUAUCUGCUGGAGGGACCCUUCAUCCGGAUCAGAGACGUACACUGGGCUCCAUUGCAAAAGUCCUCCAGCACGCUGCAGCUAACAAAAUGUUUGAUGAUUCUCACCUAGGAAUUGUGAAUCAGUAUCUAGCAGAGACACACUUCAAAUUCAGGAAGUUUCUUCGCACAGCCUGCACUGUUCCAGAGCCAGGAGAUCGCUUUAAUAUUGACGAGUACUCCGAGAUGGUGAACACUAUUAAACCUGUUAUCUAUAUUACUGUGGGGGAGCUCAUUGAUACACACAAGUUACUGUUGGAACACCAGGACUCCAUUGCUCCCGACCACAAGGAUCCUAUACAUGAGCUCUUAGAGGAUCUUGGAGAGCUGCCCACUGUCCAGUCUCUUAUAGGAGAGAGUAGCACUUCCAGUCUCAGUGAUGGUGCUUCUGAAAAAGCUUUGGGACAGCUGAGGAAGCUGGAGAUUUCUCUCACGCUGACAAACAAGUUUGACAUGCUUGAGUCCAAUGCAGAAGAGAUGGAUGCACAAAGCUUGUUACUGAGUACAAAACAUAUGCUUGUAGAUGUGAUUCAAUCACAGCCCGGUGAUUCUGUAGUAGAACUUCUGCAAACAUCUGCCUCUGAACAGCAAGAAACAUCCCACUAUAUGCUGAUGCACCAACGAGCAUUAAGAGAAGCCAAGACCCCUGAAAAAAUGAGACGCCACCGCUCACUGCUGGGCAACAGCCAGCUGACUAUGGAGGAGAAAAAACGCAAGAUUAUUCGCAAUCUGCGCAGACUGGAGUCCCUGGGGCUGGUGUCCUCUGAUAAUGAUUACCAGGAUAUAAUCAACAUGAUCGCUAAGGAUAUCAGGAAUCAGCGAAGACACCGACAGAACCGUAAAGCAGAAUUGGUGAAACUAAGACAGACCUUACAGAGACUACACUGCAAAACCGCCUUCCACGAGGAGCAGAUAGAUUUCUACAGCCAGUACAUAAAGACUUGUCUGGAUAACCUCACAGCCAAGGCAACUGGCAAGAAUAAAAAGCAAGCUUCCCUGAAUUACACAGCCGCAAGACUUUUUGAGAAAGGUGUUCUGUUGGAAAUUGAAGAUCUGCCAUUCACCCAAUUCCGUAAUGUUAUUUUUGAGAUCGCUCCAUGUGAUGAACCUGGGAAGUUCCAGGUGAAGACCAAGUUCCUAGGUGUUGAUAUGGAAAAUUUCCAAAUUCAUUACCAGGAUCUGCUCCAGCUACAGUAUGAAGGAGUUGCUGUCAUGAAGCUUUUUGAUAAGGCCAAGGUAAACGUUAACCUUCUUAUAUUCCUACUCAACAAGAAAUUCUUCAGGAAGUAAAUGGACAAAGCUUGCUCCUACAGACCUCUCUAUCAGCCUUUCUUGCAUGACAGGCUCCCUCUUGAGGGAGCAGAGAGAAACUACAAGAAUCACACCCAUGCAGAAGACCAGGGAGGCUGUGCUAUCCUCACUAACUUCUAUAAUCCUCUUCUGCACCUUGAGAACACAAAAGCCAAAAACUUUAUUUUAGAAGUCCUGGAUAUUUUGCACGUGAUCGUUGAUUUCCAUUAUGUAUUGAUACUCCUAUCUUCUGUGCUUGGUUUCCUCAAACCGCGAACUUGCUUCCCUGGAGUGAUGGGCUAAUCCUGCUUCAGCUGUUGACUGUCUUGCUUUCUUGGGGAGAAACAUGAAUUAUGAACAGGUGCACAGAAGUAUUAGAUUUUUACCUCUGCUGCUCACAAAUAUUUAACUUUUGCCACUGCUGCUUUAUUUAUAACUUGUUGAUAUUCUGAUUAUAGAAAACUGUUUGCAACACUACAGCGUUGAAUUUUGCAUAACAAACUGUUUUGAUUAACCUGCACAUUGUUCAGAACAAACUUCAUGUCAAGGUCUGAAUAUGUAGGUUGCUGAAAAGUGAGCUAUUUUGUAGUGUACGUUUAUAUUUAUGUAAAUUCCCCUAAGGCCAAUAAAUGGCCACUUUUUAACAUUAAGGCAUUAGGGGAGAUUUUAUCUGAGCACUUUCCUAACGUUUUAGUCGUUUUUGCCCUCUACUUGCAAUUUGGGGCAAAUCUGUUUUUAUUUUAUUUUUCAGAAUGAAGGCACAUUUAUUUGACAUAGUUAAAAAAAAGUUUUAAAUUAUGUUUUUGUUUCCCUGAAAAAAUGGAAAACAAAAAACACAGUUGGUAAAAUUUAUAUUGAAACUAAUACAGCAGUAUCAGUUGUGUACUUUCUGCUAAUUCUCAUUGGAUGAUUGGUGCUUUCAAAAUUAGUAGGAAGUAGCAACUAAUAUAUUUGUUUAAAUUAAAACUACUGCAUUUUUUUUUUUCAAGCCAAAAAGCCAUUUAAAAUGCUGCUCUUUCAAAUAUGUAGUUUUUAGUACAUUAUCCCUUUACGGCUCUGGUAUAGGUGUUUAUACUCUCUGUACAUAUAAACCUUGGUACACUAAUCAUUGGGCUUCCAUUCGUCUUUUGCUUUUUAAUGUUACUGUUUAUAUUUGUACACCAGUGUUAUGAAGAACGAUUUACUCACUUCUGCUACACAAAUGCUAUAAAUCCAGUAUCUGUACAAUAAACUUGUUUUUAUAAAGUU